GGCGCGGUACGGGGUAUUAUAAAGUAUACUUGUUCGGAUCAAACAUUUUCAGUGCAAAUUUGUACCUCCAGCCUGUAAUAGCUUCUCUCGUCGUUCGCCGAGAGGCUGGUCGAAUGAUCGCGUUGCAGAACAUUGUUUGAAAAUAAGCAGAAGAAAAACUAAUUGGCUGUUUGAAGAUAGUUCUAACUGUGAACGGUCCUCGAGCGAAGACCGUGUCUGUUCUUACCGUGAAGUCGUGAAAAAACGUGAGCUAUGUGAUUCCUGCUUCGGAGGCGGAGAAGAAAAACGAGUGUGACGAUCAACCGUACCUCCAGGAAUAGUUGGCAACGAAAAGUUCUGCAAUAGUUAUUUGUAUUGUCAUCGAUAGGGAUCAUCAUUGCAUUGGUUGAAACUUAGACCGCUCUAGGCGAAGAAAACGUGAUCACUAGUUGUGGGUGCAGAAUGUACGUUGAGUGGUAGUUCUGUGGCGGUAAAAGGUUAAGACGGUCGGUAUUCAUAGUACGGUCACCUGGACGAUCCUUCUAGCACCGGCUUCUACAACAGCGAAAAGCUUGCGAGCGUCUGUCGAAGGAGGAUCAUGAAUAAAAUAAUGAAUCCACUGCUUUCGACGCUUGUCGUGCUGUGCGCCAUUCACGGGCAAACCUUCUCCAAAGGUGUCAAGCAAAAGCGCUUGCUGUACGACCUUGCCGAUCCCUUUGUGUCGGUAACGGAGCCCACCUCAUUCUACCACCCCACAACCUUCCACCCGCCAGCCACCGUCUACUCAUCGGACGCUCCAAUCCUCAAUCAAGUGAUCAAGCCAAUCCCAGCGGCUGUGCGACCCUUCCAUCCGAAACCAUCGCUGCUGAAUAUCUACAAGAACAACUACUUCGACUACUCGAACUACGGCGCUCCGUUUCAUUUCAUCGGUGGCAACCAGCUGGGAUUUAGCGAUGAGGAAACCUACAUUGCCGAUGGCCGCAUUCUGAAACAAUACUCGGUUCUAGAGCAUCACCCUGAGGAUGCCGAACGCCACCGUCUACUGCAACCGUCCCCGUCUUAUUUCCACACUGAUCUACCACCUCCGUCGCCACUAUUCGAUCACCUAAACCUGCCGUUCUCAUCUACCGUCGGCUUUAAUCCACGACUUGGUCUGCCAGUGAACAAUCGGUUCCCGCUGCUGACGAAAAACCACGGCCCAGUUGCGCUGGGAUCCGGUUCGCUCGGAUACAUUCACGGUCCCAACGGAGUGGUGUUCGGAUCGGGUUCCCUCGGGUACAUCAGCCACCAGCAGCAUCGCGAUUCACUGUCCGAAAUCGUAGCCCGCAAGGGCCGAAAGCUCCGACCAGGACCGCUUCAUUUUGGCCAUAAUCACGACUAACGAAGAGAUGGAAAAAAAAUUCAGAGCGAGAGGAGGUUGUUCCUAGACGAAGUUGUUAGCAGAAAUUGCAUAUUGUUAGAAGUUGUGCGAGGUGGCCUAAUCCUGUUUUGGGAGCAACCAGCUGCAGCACAUUGUGGUUACCAUACGGGCGUAAAGUGCCGUACGCAGGUUUCACCUUUAGAACGAUGAAAUUUUACGCUUUUUGUAUAUAUUUGCAGUAUUAGCAUAAUUAUUUAGCGAAUAAAACUGUUCUACAUUUUUGGAUU